UUAUUGGAUAUCCCUCCGCCCUCCGACGCAGUUGUCCAAAAAAAAAAAAAAAAAAAAAAAAAAAAAGACAAGCUAGUUUGUAAACACAAUUAACGACGGCUUUUCUUGGAGAUUUUAAGGUCUCCCAGCCUGUGACAAUGAAGUUUAUGUACAAAGAAGAGCAUCCGUUUGAGAAGAGACGGUCCGAAGGGGAGAAAAUCAGAAAGAAGUACCCGGAUAGAGUACCCGUGAUCGUUGAGAAAGCUCCCAAAGCCAGAAUAGGGGAUCUGGACAAAAAGAAAUAUCUUGUCCCAUCUGAUCUCACAGUUGGGCAGUUCUACUUCCUCAUUCGAAAAAGGAUCCACUUGAGGGCCGAAGAUGCCCUCUUCUUCUUUGUAAACAACGUCAUUCCUCCAACAUCAGCCACUAUGGGGCUGCUUUACCAGGAGCACCAUGAAGAAGACUUUUUCCUUUACAUUGCCUACAGUGAUGAAAGUGUCUAUGGGGACACCUUAAGAGAUGUGUAACCAAUUUACUUGCCCCACACUACCCUUCCUUAAAAUAAAAUAUCAUAUCCUCUUAGUAUGUCUGAAAUAUUGUUUAUACUCUAUGCUUCCUGCAUAUUGUUCCUUCUUACUUAACAGUUCCUCCCUUAGUCUUGCUUUUAGGCAGACCGGAUACAGCCUAUGUCCUGGUCUGUUUCAUCAAAUUAGUGGUACUCAUGUCUGUAAAAGCUUUUUCAAUGUUCUACACUUCUCCUUUCACCUUUUCGCACUUUCCCCCAGCAGCGACAUGCAUUCUGCAGUCACCUUGAUAUUAUCGCAAUCUUUAAUGUUUGGUUCGAGUUUGUUUUUUAGCCACCAUAUUUGCACAGACCAAAAUCACUGAUAAUACUGGACUAUCAUACCAUGUAAUGUGUGUGAGUGUGUUUGUGUACCAUUGCCAAUAAUUAUUAUUUUUAAAUGGGUUGGGGUUGCUGUUCAUUUGAAUAAGCUGGUUAAAAGAUUUAAAAAAAAAAGUUUAUUUCCACUUGACAUGCUGUAGGAGAUUGCUUGUUUAUGUUUCAGAUUUAUUACAAUCAUUAUUAUUAUUAGGUUGAUGUUCAUGACUUGAUUGGCCUUUUUUUGGCUUGUUUGUAUCAUGGAUUGGUGUGUUUUCCCCUGAAAGCUUUAAUUGUCAUGGUCACCAAUAAUUAUAAACCUGAUCUGAUCUUAAAA